AUGGGACCCCCCUCGCUCGGCCUCGGCCCAGCUGGCCACUUGGCUAGCCAGGUCGGCCCAGCCGACGCCCCACAACCUCCUCCAUAUCCCCCCACUCGGGGGAAAUCCCUAAUCGACACCCCCACUUGCCCCCACGAUCCCCUUCUCCUCCCCCAUCGAUCUGGAUUGGGAUCGGCCCCGAUCCCAUCGCCCCCGACGCCCUGCGGCUGCCCGUCGCCGUCCACCGUCGCCCGAGGUCUCCGCCGGCGCCGCCUCCUCGCCUACUCCCUCAGCGCCUACCUCUCGCCGGAGCACCUCGCCGCCUCGACCACGAUGCUGCCGUCCUCUCCGUCGAUGACCUCGUCUCCGUCGUCGCCCGGUCGUCCCCGUCCUCCUUCCCGAACGGCCUCCACGCACCUCGACGCCCCCCUGCUCACCAAUGCCGGUGAGGACCCGUUCGUCCUCCCCUUUCCCCUGCUCGUCAUCGCGGUCGCCACGCUCACCCCGGCCCCACUCGCGCUGAACACCACCCAGGCCACGCCCGCGCCGAGCUCCUCUCGCCACGCCUCCGCCGUACCCGCCGUCUGA